GACUACAUGGCCGCCAACCCUCUAUUUGCAGCGGGGGAGUUUCGGGGCCCACUCGGACCACAACAUAAUGCGAACGAGUGGGCUCAAUUAAAAACAAUGCUUGCGGAUUUUGGCCCAGACAAGUCUGUGGACCAAUGGAAGCACACGUGGCGUGAUUUAAAGAAAAAGGCUCGUGCUGAUGGGGGGCGCCUCCGCCUCUCGUUUCAAAGAACGGGGAACGCGGAGGUCGUCCCCAAACUCAGCACCACGACCGAAAAAAUACUCGGCGCAAUGGGGUCGGAGUGCGCCACGGGCAUUGGCGUGGAGCACGAGACGGGGAUUGGUACGGCAGGGAUUCAUACUGGAGAACUGGAGGUAGGAGGUUCGCAAGAACAAGCUGACGCUGAAGCUGUUGUUGUGGCCCCCCUGCUUCCAGCGAGGCUUCCGGUCCGCGCUUCACGUCCAAAGUGUCCAAACCCCGCGCCCAUACCGACUGCCCAGCGGCGCACUAAACGCCCUGAACAGCAGCAGCAUUCUGCGGCAUUUGUGGCUGCCCAAAGGGCCACUAAUGCACAACUAAUGGAGAUAGCGAGUGAAUUACGCUCCGCCUCUAGGCGACAGAGACGUCGCACUAUGGGCCCUUUACACCACCUUAAAUUUUGAUUUAAAUUGUAUUUUAUUAAUUAAUAAAUUGUAAUUGUAAUAAUAAAC